AUGUCGCUACCCCACUUCGCGCCUUUUCCAGAUGCAAAAGUCAGAAAGAGCAUACUUCCCGACGAAUGGCAGUUAUACCUGGACUCCUGGACUUCACUAGCUGAGCUUUAUCUGAGGUUAGAGGACCAGCAGUUCUCAGCAGCAAUCAAAGAGGAGGGUUCGCUUACACAAUUCCUGCUGUCUUUCUUCCAUGAGCUCGCCCUGGAUGAUGAGCUAGCAUCCAAAGUUGCGUCAUUGCGAAAGAAGACUUUCUUUUUAUUACACAGAAUCUUGACCAAGGAAGAUGCACCUACUGCCUUGCUCAGCUGGUCAAAUCUAUCAGAUAUUUGUCAUGUAUAUCCAAAGAGCGAGCAGUUUCGUACGCUCUUGCAGGGGUCAUGGAGGAGAAAGAGCGCGGCCAUCGAGAAGUCGUUACAGACUGCAAAAACGUCUCUAAUCCGGAAUUUGGAAUCGAAGCGACCGGAAGAGGCUGAAAAGACACUUGACCGGAUUGCGCCUCUUCUCAGGGCCUCGUCAGAUGCCAGCACCUUCAUGCUGACAGGGUCCGACUUCCUCGAUUCUCUCCUUGCCGCAUAUCCACAAGUACCUCAAUCAAUGCAGAAGAAGCUAGUCACGACAGCAUAUCUUGGUCUCACAGCUGCAUUAGAGGGGCCAAAACCUAAUUACUCGUUGCUUUCCGAUCAUUUGUAUAGCCUGAAAUCCAGCGAAGAGCAAGAUCAAAAGAAAGAGCCCGGGAAGAAGACGUUGGUGGCUGAUCUUGUCACAAACACGCCGUUGCUGGAGAAAAUAAGAGACCAGGCUACUACUCCCGAAGCUGCAAGAGUGAAGAAUACUGCAGCAUCAUUAAGCGCAUUUCGGCAAUCGGGUCUAGCUCGGCCAAAGAGGCUAAUUCGACGAAAGGUAGAUAAAGGCAAAGCCAACGCUGACCAAGAUAGUUAUGGACAUGGAGCAUUCACUGGUGAGAUCCAUGUUCAUCGCAUGAGUAUGAUCAGUCAAAUACAAGAUCUCUUCCCAGAUCUUGGUGCAGGCUUCAUUGUGAAGUGCUUGGAUGAGUACAACGACGAUAUUGAGCAGAUUACUGCGCAUCUCUUAGAAGACUCGCUGCCACCGCACCUCUCCGAAGCAGAUCGGAGCGAGAAGCUGCCUACGCCAGCUACGCCUUCACAACCACUGCCCCCACCCAGAUCAAGCCAACAUAUUCCGGAACGGCGCAAUGUGUUUGAUGGAGAUGAGUUCGAUCAGCUCGCAAUCGACACAUCCCGACUCCAUAUGGGCCGAAGAGGUCAAGACCUGAACGCCGACAAGAUAUUGUCUGACCGCAGUAAAGCGCCCGCCAAGUCAGCCAUAAUGGCAGCUCUGGCGGCCUUCGAUUCAGACGACGACGAGCGUGAUGACACAUACGAUGCGGAGGAUGUUGGCGCAUCUGUCGACACUGCCGCACCUGGGCCUGGUGAGGAUGCUGACCUGGGCGACAAGAACGAAGAAGCUCUAUUCCGCGCCUACACCAUGUCACCUGAGCUUUUCGGUCGCGAGUCAGAGAUAAGAAGGGGAAAGGCUCGAACAGCACUCAAGAGCGAGACGGGUAUGACAGACGAGGCGAUUGAAGGUUGGGCUAUCAUGAUGGGACGCAAUCCCAGGCAACUCCGGCGACUCGAAGCGAAGUUUUCCAACUUCCAGGGUCAACAACGGGAACUUCAAUCAACAUCAUGGCGGGACAGUCCUGCAGGAUCUGGCGACGAGGGUAGUGGUGACGGGCAAGGUGGUCGUGGAGGCAGAGGUGGCGGCGGUAGAGGUAGAGGUAGAGGCCGCGGACGUGGUGGUGGAAGAGGUGGCGCUAGCGUCGCAGGUCCCGCUGAUGAUAAAGGCACGCAGAUCUCGCGGCAACGAAAAGAGGCCAACAAGAGUUCGAGUGCCAACCAUAAUCGUAAGGCUCAACGAGGGAAGAAGAUGGCUCGAGCUGGCUUCCCAGCUAGCUGA